AUGUCUACCUACCAACCUCCUAUAGCAUGUGCCUUCACUUUGAGCCUUGGGGAAUAUCAAUAUGCCCAGAGUCAUCUAGGCUGUCGACGUGAACCAAUCGAAGUUUCGAGUCGCCUUAUCUGCUCCCAACUGGAGUUGGGGCCGACGAUUGGCUCUCGGCGCAUUCAGAAUACAAAGAGGCCGGCUGGAGGAAUGGGCAUCAAAAAUGCACAUGUCUGGCAGGCAAAGGACGACGGUUGGGAUCAAUCCGGGCGAAAUGGAGCAUUCUUGAUACCGGUAGACCCGCGUGAUCGCCGAUAUACCGGUACCCAAAGUAGAUCAGGCAGAAGGACGGGCGAUCUACAUCCUGGAGCCUAUGCUUUCCCUCGAGCGACGGGUAUCUUGCACGACAGUCUGGGAGACCGAUAG